UGCUAAUAGGGAAUCAAUCUAUCAUGUUCAACUUUUCAGAUUAUAUUUGUUAUUAAUUAGUAUAUAUCAGUUGUCGGAGUAGGAGAGUGAUUAUUCUCUCGUACGAAAUGCGUGUCAAAAUAAGCACCCUGGAAUUGCAUAGAGAUUGACUCAAGUAAUAGUGUUCUCGGAUAGAGACUUUCUCUUUCUGGCUGAAACAAGUUAGCAGCAUCCGUCAAUUAAUAAAGUGUUUCUCUACCUAUAUUAUAGUUAUGCCUACCUGAGUCAAUGUAAGUGUAUUCAUUUCGUGUCAAUACAAUACUCAUGCCAGGUCUUUCACGAUUCGCAGUUUUCUACAUGCUUAUAAAUAAAAAACUACUACAUGUCUUAAUUUAUAUACUUAAAAAAAACCAAAAUUGUAGCACGUUAGUGGAGGUUAGUGAGUGGGGUAGAUGGAGUAUUAGAUUUAGACAGGUGAAGUGAAGUGAGUCAAUUUGGGCAGGGGUGGUGGGUCCUUCAUAGAAGGAAAGCGUGUCAGUCUUGACUUUUGGUCUGAGUCUCGAGUCGAGUCUUCAUUGAUCUAUCUAUUCUCCAACCAAAUACUAUAACUCUCAAUCUCUCUUCUUUCUUCCUUCCACAUUUUUCUCUAGAAUGACUUGUUUGAUUUCCCUUUCUGUUUUACUUCUCCUCCUUCAGUAUCCUCUCUCAUCCCUCUCAGCCAACUCUGAAGGAAAUGCUCUGCAUGCUUUGAGAAGCAAGCUUUCUGACCCCAACAACGUGCUCCAGAGCUGGGACCCUACACUCGUUGAUUCCUGUACUUGGUUCCAUGUUUCCUGCGAUUCCAACAAUCAUAUCAUUCGCUUGGACUUGGGCAAUGCCAACAUUUCUGGAACUUUGGCCCCUGAACUUGGACAGCUACACCACCUCCAAUACCUGGAGCUCUAUGGGAAUAACAUAGGUGGGAAGAUUCCUGAGGAACUUGGUAACUUAAAAAACCUUAUUAGCAUGGAUUUGUAUGACAACAAAUUUGAAGGAAAAAUUCCAAACUCAUUUGCCAACUUAAACUCACUUAAAUUCCUACGGCUAAACAACAACAAGCUCACAGGAUCCAUCCCUAGAGAGCUCACUCAUCUUAAAAAUCUCAAAAUCUUUGAUGUUUCUAACAAUGACCUCUGUGGAACUAUACCAGUAGAUGGCAACUUCGGAUCUUUCCCAGCGGAAAGUUUUGAAAAUAACCAACUCAACGGCCCAGAGCUGAAAGGUCUGGUUCCUUAUGAUUUUGGGUGCUGAAGAAAGCAAGAAUUCACCUAUCAUCCUCAGACUGCUAUGGAGAGGCUUUCUUUACACUAGGGCAGAACAGUAUCAGAAAUGUGUGCUUGCCAGAAAACAAAUAUAAAUACGUUAACCUGUGUGUGUCAAUUUAUCUCAUAAAUAAGAUGAUGAUGAUGUUAGCAUCUGUUUGCAGCCUGAAUGGCAACAUUGCAGAGUUUCUAACUCUGAUAUGACAUUAAGAUUAACUAAACAUGUCUCAGUUCCAAAAAACAAUCUUGUUAUCUGUAACAGUUUAUUUUCAAUUCCUGAGAAAGCCCUUUUCUGAUUGA